AACCUUGACCUUGACCGUCGGGCGCAUGGUGACCUUCCAGGCAGACAGCUUGACAGCCUACAUCGAACACACGCUGCAAGACUACAUUGCGAGAUCACUUGGAUUGUACGCUGGUUUAAACACGGUUCUCCUAACCGCGAGCUUCUUCACUAUUGCGUGCAGCAUAACUCAGCGUUGUCCUGUGCCAGUCUCCCUGUUCCGCCAUGCCGCUGUGUCUGUUAUACACGAACCUGAAGGACGCUGAGGUCCCUGGAGGUCUGGAGGUCACUCUGGCGGAGACAGUCGCCAAGGUUCUCAACAAGCCCAUUGAGAGAGUGACCACGAUGAUACAGAGUGGACUGCGCAUGUACCGCCUGGAGAGCACAGCCCCGACCUGCUUCCUUCAGAUCCACUCAAUAGACGUGUUUGACAAAGAGAGGAACCCAGCCUACACUCAGCCUAUCAUAGACGUCCUCAAGAAUGCCUUGAACAUCGACGGAAACAGGGUAGUCAUCCAGUAUCUGCCACUGUUACCGCACAACGUCGGAAUGGAGAAGUAAAGAUGAUGUCUUUAGUGUCAACGUUGUCAUGGUGUCGUCAUCGCACAUCGUUCAGAAAGAAACGUAGACAGAAGAGGAUGCUAAUGUGUUAAACAGAGUUUUCCGACAGAUUCUUCUUGUACCAUGUUUGACUAAAUCUAAGUUGAUAUACAUAUAAUGCAGAUCACAUCAACACAUCAGUUGACUGAUGGAACGCUGGUCCAAAAUGUUUUUAAAAAGUUUGAAACGUAUGAUCCCCCUGGGCGUACAAGAACUGUAUGAUCCUGUGUUCGAAUCCCUGAUCAUGUUUCUUGGUCUGUUCAUACCCGUGUCCGUGGGUUUCACUAAACCACCCAACAUCUGGUUUUCCUCCAACAACAGAAACCCAGAAACCUAUGAUUGUGGGUUCGAAUCCCGGUUCGCCCCGAUUAUGUUUCUAGGUUUGUCAGCACCAUACCCGUGCUCGUGGGUAUCACCGAAGUGGUAAACGUCUGAGAUCUGCAUCACUUCGGGCUUUCCUCCCACAACAAGCUGACACGCCGUGAUAUAACUGGAAUAAUGUUAACAGCGGCGUUAAACCGAUCUCCUUAUCGUAGUUAUCACAUGUUAAGGGGCGGUCGGGUAGCCUAGUGGUUAAAGUGUUCGCUGAUCACGCCGAAGACUCGGGUUCGAUUCCCGACAUGGGUACAAUGUGUGAAGCCCGUUUCUGGUGUCCCCCGCCGUGAUAUUGCUGGAAUAUUGCUAAAAGCGGCGUAAAACCAUACUCACUCACUCACUCACUAUCACAUGUUAAGAAUACAACUUAUGUGUCAUGCUCAUCAAAUGCUCACAUAAUACACUAUCUAUUCCUAAUAUGAUAGUUACGAUACGGAUGCUGAAUCAACAAAUAAUUUCUAUGCAUCAUCGCACUAGGAAAUGAACCACUAUUGCAUUUUGUUUGUUUGGCUAUGUAAAUAUAACAUGCUGGUUGUAAAGCGUCAAUUAACAUUAUCGCCAUGUUGGUCAAGUUUAUAGAUAUGCUAUGUCCGUUUGUCCGAGCCUCUCAAUUGAAUAUUGGCACUGUCAGUAUUGUCUUCCCGUUAAGGCAACACGUGUGACCCUGUUCAUGGGUUCGAAUCCCGAAUUCUCCCCGAUACUGACCCUUGGUAUGUAAGAACCGUCCCGGCCUCGGGGGUUUCUCCAAAGUUUUGUUUGUUUGUUGAUUAACGCCACACUCAGCAGUAUUCAGCUUUGUGACGGCGGUCUGUAAAUAAUCGAGUCCAGACCAGACAAUCCAGUGAUUGAUAACAUGAGCAUCAGUCUACGCAACUGGGAUACGAUUACAUUCAUCAACGAGUCAACGAGCUUGACCACCCGAUCCCGUUAGUCAACCCUUGCGACAAGUCAAGCUGAAGAUCAAUUCUAACCCGGAUCUUCACUGGUCCACUAAUAUAUUACAAUGAAUGUACAUAAGUUGUUUCCUAACAAUAUUCCAAGACACCUAUAUCGUCCCAUCAAUAAAUUAUAUAAACAUUGCACUUGAUAUUAUGAUACCAUAAAAAUAAAUAUAAUCGUGCUCCGCUGACUAUUUUGAAUAAUUGUAUUUGGUCUAGAUCUGGUGACACGUGUGCUUUUAUAUGUCGGUCAUACUUGGUUCAUGAUACUCUGAAUGUAAAUAAAAUAUACACAUGUCAA